AUGGUAUAUAACCAAUUAGCUGGAAAAGUAGAUAGAAUCAACACAAGAAAUGGAAGAGAUAGCAGAAGUACAAGACCAACUCCACUUUGUUAUCACAAUCAACAACAUGCGACAGCAAGUCAAGGAAAUUCCCAAACUCCUCAACCCAACAGCCGGAAAAGAAUCAUGUUGCAUAUUUAGAGUCCCUCAAACGCUAGUCGACGUCAACAAAAAGGCCUACCACCCACAAAUACUCUCAAUCGGCCCAUACCACCACGGGAAACCACACCUCAACAUGAUCGAAGAGCACAAGUGGAAAUACCUCGGCGAACUCCUCGAUCGAACCCCUCCAAAUGGCCUAAAUCUCGACGGGUACCUAAAAAUCAUCGCACCGUUGGAAACCAGAAUCCGAGAUUGUUACUCAGAAUUCAUCCAUUUCAGUAGGUUCGACCUCAUAAAGAUGAUGGUACUCGACGGGUUAUUCAUCCUUGAGCUUAUAUCCAAAGCUGAAGGGGUGGAAGGUAGUGAUCCUGACGAUCCUAUUUUCAAAAUGGUUUGGAUUUUGCCUUUCCUCACGAGAGAUCUUCUCCAGUUGGAAAAUCAGAUUCCGUUUUUCGUGCUUCAAACUUUGUUUGAAAACACGAGAGUUACGAGGACGGGUGGUGAUGAUCAAACACUAGCGAAACUGAUUUUAAGGUUUUUUAAUAACGUGGUGGAAAGGCCUGAUGAGCUGUUGAAGAGGUUUGUAAAUCAUGAAGGGAAACAUCUACUUGAUUUGUUUCGAUUGAGUUUUAUCCCUCAACAGGCAGAGGAGGAAAGGGAAAACGACAUUCAAUUGAUCCCUGCAGAGGAGGAAAGGGAAAACGACAUUCAAUUGAUCCCUUCUGCGAAAAAACUUGACGCAGCUGGAAUCAAGUUCAAGGCUAUAAAGGGCGACACGUUCUUGGAAAUCAGAUUUCGCAACGGGGUACUGGAAAUUCCACAGAUAUCGAUAGACGAUUUCAUCACCGGGUUCUUCCUAAACUCUGUUGCGUUCGAGCAGUCUCACAGCCGCUGCUCGAAACACAUGACCACUUACGCGAGCUUCAUGGGGUGCCUCAUCAACAACCCCAGCGACGCGGGGUUCCUUGGUGACCGGAAAAUCAUGGAGAAUUAUUUAGGGACGGACAAGGAUCUGGCUCAUUUCUUCCAUGAUUUGUGGAAAGAUGUGGGUUUUGACAUCAAGCAUAAUUAUCUGUCCAAGGUGUUUGAGGAUGUGAAUAAGUAUCAGAGGAAUGUUUGGCAUGUGCAAUGGGCUGGAUUCAAGUACACUUAUUUCAACACCCCAUGGUCUUUUAUUUCAGCCUUGGCUGCUUUGAUACUUCUGCUCCUCACCAUGAUCCAGGCGUUCUUUGCCGUUUAUCCAUAUGCCGGAGGAAAGAGUACUGCUGGGUGACUGGUCGAAAACAGUGAAAUUGUAUAUCGAUCAUUUCAGUUGUUGGCUAUC